CUCACCAGUCUGGACGCACAAUGUGCAAAAUGUGGCGCGGCGGGUUGGUGGGGGUACUGGCCGUGUUGCUGCAUGUGUCGAACGUCUCAGAUGGAUUCAUCACCUACACUGUGCAGCAUCACCAGAGUCGCAAGCACCAACGGGCAGAUCCCGAUCCUAUCACGACCAGGAUGCUAGCGAAGCGAGACUCCUCUGUGGCUGCGGCGGUAACAAGGUCAAACGCAAUAAAACAAGUUUUGGGUGGGCUUGGCAUCGGGAUUGUGUCAACCUUGCUGGAGCCUGAUGCGUCCCGAGCACUGGAAAGCGACGAGUUCGAAGAGGUUUUCGACGAUGAUGCUAUUGGCAUCGAACUGGAAGAUGUGAAGUACAAGGGGUCCUCGCGGGUGCUAGUGAAGAGGGUAGUGCCCGGAAGCGCCGCCGCGAGACAUCCCAGGAUCAAGGCUGAUCUCGUGAUGGUCUCCGCGAAUGGGAUCGAUCUGGAACGGCAAAGCGCCACCGCCGCUAAGAAGAUCAUUAAGACCAGCUCGCGGCCGCUCACCUUGGUGUUGAGAGAUAAUAGUCGUUUCCAGCAGCUGCUCAAACCUGCACCACCAUCCCCCGACAACGAGGCGACUGGCGUUGCUGUGACGAACGGGGGCUUUGAGCCUAUCAGCACCAAGGUUUCACCUGAAGGGAAUGGGCGUGAAGAGCAGGUCGUGAAGUUGCUCAACAGUGACAAGAGCGCAGAGUGCAACUCGUGUGGGCAAGGAGCAAGAAGGGGAGAUCUGCUUGAGAUUGAGUACACUGCUAAGCUUGAGGAUGGCAAGGUUUUCGAUGGGUCGAGCAUCAAGGUGAAUGGGCGAGAGGUCGUUGGGAGAGCAGGGGAUACGACCCUAUUCUUCGUGCUCGGGAAGCAGCCCAAGGGGCAAUUUCCCCCAGGUUGGGACCUUCUGCUCAUCGGCAUGUGCGUAGGAGAGACAAGACUUAUCAGCGUACCCCCCCUGCUCGGCUACGGCGCGCAAGGCAUGCCCAAAAGAGGGGUUCCGGCGAAUGCGACUUUGUUGUACGACGUUAAGCUCAUCGGGGUAAAUGGCGUCAACAUGUGCGUGGCAUGAGCGGAGAUGACGGCGUUCAGCAUAAUAUGUAGAGGAAAGGAAAGCAAACUCAAGCGCGUUUUUUUCGCCAAGAAGGUUGCUCCCUUUUUCCCGUCUUCUUAUAGAUUUUGAUGGGGUUGAUGAGACUUGAUUGUUAAUGUACUACUCGGAGAGGCGCCCACCAGGCAAUUUUUCAGUGGCCAAGUUCAUGAUAUUGUAUUGUGGUGCUUGGGGAUUGUGUGGUGGGGAGAAAGAAGGUUGUAAUGUGGCUAUCUUGAUUCAUUUUUGUGCACGCUGUUGUGAAACCGCCUGCUCCUGACCCCCCCUAUUUGCGUUCCUUCUUACCAGCCGCAUUCGCCAACUCCACCUUGUUGUGAGGACAAGAACGCCAUAUGUACCUGCAUCAAUGAGAUUAUUUUCGCCU